AGGGCCUGCCAGGUGAGGCGCGGUCACCCUGGGCCUCUCACUUCCGCCCAGGUGAGGCAGGGCCGACACCGAGCCCGCCGGACCCGGGCUCCCACCUGCUCCUCCAGCGCACCAGGGUCUCAUGCUGUCACCCAGGCUGGAGUGCAGUGGUGCUAUCUCGGCUCACUGCAGCCUCAACCUUCCUGAACCCAGGGUUGGAUUGUCAAAGCAUCUUCAUCUGAAUGUGAAAUCUUACCCAACUCCAAACCUUACUCAUGAUUCAGAGGUUACAGGCAGAAGCCGCAGACGCAGAUGAGCAUUCCUUUUUGGAGGAGCCCCCAGCCAGCAGGUGUCUUUAAGAGUGAUUGAAGAGAAUAAUUCAAAAUGCCUGAAAAUCCUGCUACAGAUAAACUGCAGGUGCUGCAGGUACUUGAUCGCCUGAAAAUGAAAUUGCAGGAGAAGGGUGACACGUCGCAGAAUGAGAAGUUAUCUAUGUUUUAUGAGACACUAAAGAGUCCUCUCUUCAACCAGAUACUCACACUUCAGCAGUCCAUCAAGCAACUGAAGGGUCAACUCAACCAUAUACCCUCAGAUUGUUCAGCCAACUUUGAUUUUUCUAGGAAAGGUUUGUUAGUGUUCACAGAUGGUUCCAUUACUAAUGGAAAUGUCCACAGGCCCUCUAAUAACUCGACUGUAUCUGGGUUAUUUCCGUGGACCCCGAAGUUGGGAAAUGAAGACUUUAACUCAGUCAUUCAACAGAUGGCUCAGGGCCGGCAAAUUGAAUAUAUAGAUAUAGAACGGCCUUCAACUGGAGGCCUUGGAUUCAGUGUGGUGGCCCUCAGAAGUCAAAAUCUCGGAAAAGUUGAUAUCUUCGUGAAGGAUGUCCAGCCAGGGAGUGUAGCAGACAGGGAUCAAAGAUUAAAGGAAAAUGAUCAAAUAUUGGCCAUUAAUCACACGCCAUUGGAUCAGAACAUUUCCCAUCAGCAAGCAAUUGCAUUAUUACAACAAACCACUGGAUCUUUGCGACUGAUUGUGGCCAGGGAACCAGUCCACACAAAAAGCAGUACUUCUAGCAGCCUAACUGAUACAACUCUGCCUGAAACAGUUUGUUGGGGCUGUGUUGAAGAGGUUGAGCUCAUUAAUGAUGGCUCUGGACUAGGUUUUGGAAUAGUUGGAGGAAAAACAAGUGGUGUGGUUGUGAGGACUAUAGUUCCUGGAGGAUUAGCAGAUCGAGAUGGAAGACUCCAGACAGGGGACCACAUCUUGAAAAUUGGUGGCACAAACGUGCAGGGAAUGACCAGUGAGCAAGUUGCACAAGUUCUAAGGAACUGUGGGAAUUCAGUCAGGAUGCUCGUUGCUAGAGAUCCAGCUGGUGACAUUUCAGUCACCCCUCCUGCCCCUGCAGCCUUACCUGUUGCCCUGCCUACUGUAGCCAGCAAGGGCCUUGGUUCUGACAGUUCUCUUUUUGAAACUUAUAAUGUUGAGCUUGUGAGAAAAGAUGGGCAGAGUCUUGGAAUUAGAAUUGUUGGCUAUGUUGGAACAUCUCAUACAGGGGAAGCUUCAGGGAUUUAUGUGAAAAGUAUAAUACCUGGCAGUGCUGCGUACCACAAUGGCCACAUUCAAGUGAAUGACAAAAUAGUUGCUGUCGAUGGCGUGAACAUUCAGGGUUUUGCCAACCAUGAUGUUGUUGAAGUAUUACGAAAUGCAGGGCAGGUGGUACACCUAACCCUAGUUCGAAGGAAGACAUCUUCAUCUACUUCUCCACUUGAACCACCUUCAGACAGAGGAACUGUUGUAGAACCACUGAAACCACCAGCUCUCUUUCUAACUGGAGCAGUGGAAACUGAAACUAAUGUGGAUGGUGAAGAUGAGGAAAUUAAAGAAAGAAUGGAUACUUUAAAAAAUGACAACAUACAUGCCUUAGAAAAAUUGGAAAAAGUCCCAGACUCUCCAGAAAAUGAGCUGAAAUCCAGAUGGGAAAACCUGUUGGGUCCUGAUUAUGAAGUAAUGGUUGCUACUUUGGACACACAGAUUGCAGAUGAUGCUGAGUUACAGAAAUAUUCAAAGCUGCUGCCUAUUCACACUCUGAGGCUUGGUGUGGAAGUGGAUUCCUUUGAUGGGCACCAUUAUAUUUCUUCAAUUGUUUCUGGUGGUCCUGUUGAUACAUUGGGUCUCCUACAGCCAGAAGAUGAGCUGCUUGAGGUCAACGGCAUGCAGCUUUAUGGAAAAUCUCGCCGAGAAGCAGUCUCCUUUCUUAAAGAAGUGCCACCCCCUUUUACUUUGGUUUGCUGUCGGAGGUUGUUUGAUGAUGAGGCUUCUGUAGAUGAACCAAGGCGCACUGAAACCUCGCUUCCUGAGACAGAGGUUGACCACAAUAUGGAUGUCAAUACUGAAGAAGAUGAUGAUGGGGAAUUAGCACUGUGGUCCCCUGAAGUCAAGAUUGUUGAACUAGUAAAAGAUUGUAAAGGUUUGGGAUUCAGCAUUUUGGAUUACCAGGACCCUUUAGAUCCUACAAGAUCAGUGAUUGUGAUCCGCUCCCUGGUAGCAGAUGGUGUAGCAGAAAGAAGUGGGGGACUAUUACCUGGAGACCGCCUGGUCUCAGUCAAUGAAUACUGUUUGGACAACACCUCACUUGCUGAAGCUGUGGAAAUAUUGAAAGCUGUGCCACCAGGCCUAGUACACCUUGGCAUCUGUAAGCCUUUGGUGGAAGAUAAUGAAGAAGAAAGUUGUUAUAUUUUACAUUCAAGCAGUAAUGAAGACAAGACUGAAUUUUCAGGAACAAUUCAUGAUAUAAAUUCAUCUUUAAUACUCGAAGCACCCAAGGGAUUUAGAGAUGAACCAUAUUUUAAAGAAGAACUUGUGGAUGAACCAUUUCUAGAUCUGGGAAAGUCUUUCCAUUCCCAACAAAAAGAGAUAGAGCAAAGCAAGGAGGCCUGGGAGAUGCAUGAAUUUCUGACUCCUAGAUUGCAGGAAAUGGAUGAAGAAAGAGAAAUGCUUGUUGAUGAAGAAUAUGAGUUAUAUCAAGAUCCCUCACCAUCCAUGGAGUUGUAUCCCUUGUCGCACAUUCAAGAGGCCACUCCUGUGCCCUCUGUGAAUGAACUUCACUUUGGUACACAGUGGUUGCAUGAUAAUGAACCAUCCGAGUCUCAAGAGGCAAGAACCGGGAGGACUGUCUAUUCCCAGGAGGCACAGCCGUAUGGCUAUUGCCCUGAAAAUGUGAUGAAAGAAAAUUUUGUCAUGGAGUCCCUACCAUCUGUACCAUCAACUGAAGGAAACAGUCAACAAGGCAGAUUUGACGACCUGGAAAAUCUUAAUUCAUUAGCAAAAACUAGUCUGGAUUUAGGCAUGAUCCCGAAUGAUGUCCAAGGUCCUAGCUUGCUUAUUGACCUUCCUGUUGUGGCUCAAAUUAGGGAGCAAGAAGAUUUGCCUUUAUAUCAACACCAAGCGACGCGAGUUAUUUCCAAGGCCUCAGCAUACACAGGAAUGUUGUCUUCUAGAUAUGCCACUGAUACAUGUGAGUUACCUGAGAGAGAAGAAGGCGAAGGAGAAGAAACUCCAAAUUUUAGCCACUGGGGUGCACCGAGAAUUGUUGAGAUUUUUAGAGAACCCAAUGUGUCUCUUGGGAUCAGUAUUGUUGGUGGACAAACUGUUAUAAAACGUCUGAAGAAUGGAGAGGAGCUUAAAGGUAUAUUCAUCAAACAAGUUUUAGAAGACAGUCCAGCAGGGAAAACGAACGCACUUAAAACUGGAGAUAAAAUACUUGAGGUGUCUGGAGUAGAUUUGCAGAAUGCCUCACACAGCGAAGCAGUUGAGGCCAUUAAGAAUGCAGGAGACCCUGUGGUGUUCGUUGUUCAGAGUUUGUCAUCCACUCCACGAGUCAUUCCUAAUGUACAUAACAAGGCCAACAAAAUCACCAGUAACCAGAACCAGGACACCCAAGAAAAGAAAGAAAAGAGGCAAGGAACUGCUCCACCGCCAAUGAAACUUCCUCCUCCUUAUAAAGCUCUAACUGAUGACAGUGAUGAAAAUGAAGAAGAAGAUGCCUUUACCGACCAAAAAAUCAGACAAAGAUAUGCAGAUCUGCCUGGAGAACUGCACGUUAUUGAACUUGAAAAAGAUAAGAAUGGACUUGGACUCAGCCUUGCUGGUAAUAAAGACCGAUCACGCAUGAGCAUAUUUGUGGUGGGAAUUAACCCGGAAGGACCUGCUGCCACAGAUGGACGAAUGCAUAUUGGAGAUGAACUCUUAGAGAUAAACAAUCAGAUUCUGUAUGGAAGAAGUCACCAAAAUGCAUCUGCCAUUAUUAAGACUGCCCCAUCAAAGGUCAAGCUGGUUUUCAUCAGAAACGAGGAUGCAGUCAAUCAGAUGGCCGUUACUCCCUUUCCAGUGCCAUCAAGUUCUCCAUCUUCUAUUGAGGAUCAGAGCGGCACCGAACCUAUUAGUAGUGAGGAAGACGGCAGCCUCGAAGUUGGUAUUAAACAAUUGCCUGAAAGUGAAAGCUUCAAACUGGCUGUCAGCCAGAUGAAACAGCAAAAAUAUCCAACAAAAGUCUCCUUCAGUUCACAAGAGAUACCAUUAGCACCAGCUUCAUCAUACCAUUCAACAGAUGCAGACUUCACAGGCUAUGGUGGUUUCCAGGCUCCUCUGUCAGUGGACCCCGCAACGUGUCCCAUUGUCCCUGGACAGGAAAUGAUUAUAGAAAUAUCCAAGGGACGUUCAGGGCUUGGUCUCAGCAUUGUGGGAGGAAAAGACACACCCUUGUUCUGGAGGCUGGGAAGUCCAAGAGCAUGGAGCCAGCAUCUGGUGAGGGCCUUCAUGCUGCAUCAUCCUGUGACAGAAGUUGAAGGGCAAAAUGCUAUAGUUAUCCAUGAAGUCUAUGAAGAAGGGGCAGCAGCCAGAGAUGGAAGACUUUGGGCUGGUGACCAGAUAUUAGAGGUUAAUGGGGUUGACCUGAGGAACUCCAGCCACGAAGAAGCCAUCGCAGCCCUGAGGCAGACCCCCCAGAAGGUGCGGCUGGUGGUGUAUAGAGAUGAGGCACACUACCGGGAUGAGGAGAACUUGGAGAUUUUCCCUGUGGAUCUGCAGAAGAAAGCUGGCCGGGGCCUGGGCCUGAGCAUCGUUGGGAAACGAAAUGGAAGCGGAGUGUUUAUUUCUGACAUCGUGAAAGGCGGAGCCGCAGACCUGGAUGGGAGAUUGAUUCAGGGAGAUCAGAUCUUAUCUGUGAAUGGGGAGGACAUGAGAAAUGCCUCACAGGAGACAGUGGCCACCAUCCUCAAGUGUGCACAGGGACUUGUGCAGCUAGAGAUUGGAAGACUCCGAGCUGGUUCCUGGACCUCCACAAGGACGACAUCACAGAACAGUCAGGGUAGUCAGCAGAGUGCACACAGCAGCUGUCAUCCCUCCUUCGCUCCUGUCAUCACUGGCCUGCAAAACCUGGUUGGCACAAAAAGAGUUUCAGAUCCUUCCCAGAAAAAUUCAGGCACAGAUAUGGAACCAAGGACUGUUGAGAUAAACAGGGAGCUCAGUGAUGCCCUUGGAAUCAGUAUUGCUGGAGGAAGAGGAAGUCCCUUAGGAGAUAUCCCUGUAUUUAUUGCCAUGAUUCAGGCUAGCGGAGUGGCCGCACGGACACAGAAGCUUAAAGUUGGAGAUCGGAUUGUCAGCAUUAACGGGCAACCUUUGGAUGGGCUGUCUCACGCGGACGUGGUUAAUCUGCUGAAGAACGCCUACGGGCGCAUUAUCCUGCAGGUUGUAGCAGAUACCAAUAUAAGCGCCAUAGCAGCUCAGCUUGAAAACAUGUCUACAGGCUACCACCUUGGUUCGCCCACUGCUGAACACCAUCCAGAAGACACAGAAACACCUCCACCUAAGAUUAUUACUUUGGAGAAAGGCUCUGAAGGAUUGGGGUUUAGUAUUGUAGGGGGUUAUGGAAGUCCCCAUGGAGACCUGCCAAUUUAUGUCAAGACUAUAUUUGCAAAGGGAGCAGCUGCAGAUGACGGCCGAUUAAAACGAGGGGAUCAGAUUUUAGCUGUUAAUGGCGAGACCCUGGAAGGUGUUACUCAUGAGCAAGCAGUCGCCAUUCUAAAACACCAGAGAGGGACUGUAACCUUAACUGUGCUGUCAUAAGCCUCGGGCCUGAUCACAAGAUAGAUGUUGUUGUUUAGAAUAUCCACAGGCAGAUGAAGUUCUGAGUGGGUAUGAAAAGCACCCUCAACUAAAAUGCACCUUCAUUCUUAUUUCUUGUCCUCUCUGCUCAGGAGAAAUGGCUGAG